AUGAUUGUUUUCGUAUAUCUGACACCAGGACUCCUCGUGCUUGCCCUGGUUGGAUGCAAACCAAUGACAGCUAAAGGAACAAUUACGAAAGUACUUAUCACUGCUGCAAAGGAAAAAAAAAAGGUUGGUUUUGCUGCAACGUCUUGGGUGCUUCCAUCGUUUGCAAUUGCUGCUGGCCACCCGAGGGGGAUCACACAUCGAAAGAUACCAGUGAGCAGCCACUCACCAGAUGAAAGAUUAGAAGAGCAGCGACGUGGCAGUAUCGAGGCAGGCCGAGCAUGCGGUGUUCGCCCAGAGCAGAAGGAGCCCGGCCCAGGAGUUAUAUCCGCAGGCCUCGUUAGCCAGCCGCGGGUGUCCGCGGUCAUGACGAGAUAACGGCACGACGGUACAC